CAAUAGCGAAGAAAACAAACCUCUUUCUCUCCUUUCCUUUGCGCCAUCUUUGGGGUAUCACUGCACUUAACCGACUGAGAGAGUAUAUAUUAGGUUCCCUGCUACCUUCUUUCUUUCUUUCUUCUCUCUUCUAUCUUGGUAUUCUCUCGCUACCUGUGAGAGAUUUUCCAUGACUGCGCCAAAAUUUUCCCACACUUUCCCGAGAAAAAUCCGAUACUGCCUCUCUUCGCCAUACUCUACCCUGGUUCUGAGUUCUUCCCGCAGAUUUCGAUAAGCCCCGAUAAAGAGUUUGUUAGGGUUUUGAGAACAUCGCAAUUUUGGUUCAUAUAUAUAGGGAGAGAAAGAGAGACUAAGACUCACUCUCUUCGUUAGGGUUUUCUUUUUGUUCGGGGAUUGGAGAUGGGGAGCGUUGAUCGGGAUGGGGAUCGUGCUUUCAAGGCGAAUUUCACCGCCGAUGGUGCGGCGAAGCUGAAGGAGAGUGUGAAGGAGAAGCUUAAGGAGUUCAUGGGGGAGUACACUGAUGACACUCUAGUGGAAUAUGUUAUCGUGUUAUUGAGGAAUGGAAGGAAGAAAGAUGAAGCAAGGAAUGAGUUAAAUGUUUUUUUGGGGGAUGACAGUGAUUCUUUUGUAUCUUGGUUGUGGGAUCAUCUAGAGUUGCAUUUAGGCUCAUAUGUACAACCAAAAGAAUUGCUGAAUGAGGCUUCUAAGAAAAAGCUCACAUCAGAGGUCCAAUCUGAAGAGUUGGAAAGAGGGAAGUCUGAUAAGUUAUCUAGAAGUCGGCAUAACAAAGAUUGGAAAGGAUUGGUCAGGGGUGAAGCAGAACCACCUCCCAUUCGCAGCUGUGUUGUUGACACUACCCAUGUGGAGGAUAAAUCACAAUCUAGGAUACAUCGUGGUGAAAGGUCACUGUCUCCUAAAUCUCCAGUUCAGAAGAAAAGGGGCCGAGCUGAUGAACCUCAGUGGACAAAGAGAGAUGCAGGAUCCCAAAUGAAUAUUGCUGCUCCUCGACGGCUGCUUCAGUUUGCUGUGCGAGAUGCUGUUGCCACUUCUAGGCCUUCCAGUUUGGGCUCAUCAGUAGAACCAUCAUUGAAACGACUUCGUUCUGUUGUUUCGACAUCAAUUGGCGAGACAUCAUUGGUGGAACGUCCCCAGCGGAUACAGUCUGCGUCCAAGGUUGCAAAUCCAAUGGCGCCAGUACUUAAAGCUGUGGCAGAUGCUGCAAAAGACGUGAUAAAAUACAGAUCCUCUCGUAGUGUAUUCGAUCGACUAGGUCGUGGGAUGGAUCCAUCAGAUGACAACAAUCCACCAGAAGAUAAUUAUCAAAAUCAGGAGCAUGACCAAUCACUAUUUCUUCGAACUUCUGAUUACAUUGGACAGUCAAAUGAGACUAUGGUGGAACGUGAAACUGGUUUUCCUUAUGAUUCAACUUCGGAUAAUGAAGGGUUUGAUGAUGUUAAUGUUAUGGGUCAUAGGGUGACUGGAGCUUCUCGGAACAGGGGCAAUGAUUCAUUGAUGUUGCAGUAUAGUGUAGCCAAAAAUGCGGAAGAUGGCUUGCGCCUAAAAUGCAAUAGAGAGCAGGAGCAAAUUUCUGGUGCACCUAACACUUCACAUAAGAUUGUGAAUAUAUCUGUUAAUGUAAAUACGUGGAAGCCACCGCACUAUCAUGAACCAAGGGAGGUUAAAGAAAUAGAUGGUUAUAAUACCAUGGACAGUAAAAUAGGAGCUCCCAGAACUGGCUUGCGACUAGUGAAGGAAAAUGCUAGCACUCUGAAAACUAGUAAUGGAAUUGUAAAUGCUGCUCCUGAUGUUCAGAAAGAAUCCAACAAGGCACAAUUUUCUUCAGGUUUGAGUGCUUCUGGUCGUCCUUCAGAAGAUGCUGAUUCCAGAACCAUUUUCAUUAGCAAUGUUCAUUUUGCUGCCACCAAAGAUGGUUUGUCCCGUCAUUUUAAUAAAUUCGGGGAGGUGUUAAAAGUGGUUAUACUUACUGAUGCAGCAACAGGGCAGCCAAAAGGGGCUGCUUAUGUUGAGUUCAUGCGUAAAGAAGCGGCAGAGAGUGCAUUAUCUCUCGAUGGCACUUCUUACUUGUCCCGGAUUCUCAAGGUGGUUAAGAAAAGUGCUGCACCCCAAGAACCAUCUUUAACCAUGACAUGGCCACGUGUUGUUAGGGGAUCUCCAUUUCCUGCUGCUAGGUUUUCCAGACUUCCUUUUGCAAGAGGCAUUCCUGGUGCAUUUAGAGCUCGGCCUCCGGCUAAACUGGGUGCUCGGAGCUUGCAGUGGAAGCGAGACGCUGGUGGUCAAUCUGACAAUGGUACAUCUAGUAGUGGCAAUACAUCUCAACCUGCGAGUCGGGGUCUCACCUAUGUCAGAACAGAGUCAAAGCCGCAAAGCAACUUGGGUACUACUACUUAAUUUGAUUCUUAAGAUGGCGAGAUAUUGGUUGCACCGGAGUGUCUUAAAUGUCUAGUCAAAAACAAUAAAAAAAAUUGAUAGAAAAAUAUUAAAAGGUAAUGGGACCGCUGGCUUAAUUUUUGGAAGUUUGUUACAUGGAGGAUAUUUAGAUAUCUAGAUCCCCAAGUAGGUGGAGAUGAAGUUAAAUAAUGUCUCUAUUUUCGUCUGGCUGUUGAAGCGGCAUAAGUGGUGGGCAUUGAUUUUUAAUUGGAAUGAACAAUGAAGAUAUGAGGAAUUGAGGAUGUCACGAAUUGUAUUAGAUUUGUCCGUACAGUUGGAGUGUCUUCGUAGGUUGGACCCCGUCAUGAUCCUCUUUUUGUUUGGUGACAAUCUAUUCAACUGCUUAUUUUUGAAGGGAUAUUGAUGAAAAAGGAAAAGAAGAAAAGAAAAGGAAAAAAAUAAAAAAGAAAAACGGAAGUGUGGGAAAAAGAUUAAAAACAAAAGUUGAGAAUUUCAUUGAUGUGCUCCAUUCAACUUCAUUGUUUAUAUAGUUAAAUAUUUUGUUCGUGCUGUAAUCUAAAAUUAUGUACUUCUGCUGGUGAUA